CCGGUUUGCGGCUGCAACAACUAUCCAUUGCUGUAAGAAGCUCAGAAGGAAGAGCGUAUGAGGCAAGUAAGCCUCGUAGACGCGUGCAGGGGAUGAUCUGGAGAUGAAAACACAGUCCCCAAAACUGCAUUGCUGAUGUUUCCUUGGUUCAUGGCAAGAGAAGGACAGUCUUCCCAGGGAUGGGUAACCAUGAAAAAGAACCAUUAUCUCCUAAAAGGGCACUACCCCCUUCCCGGUCCAAUAGCACUGUAUCUUCCAAACACAGCAUUGCUUGGCAGAGUUCUGAGAGCUGGGAAGUGAUAGAUGAUUUGCACAUCCAUAGUGGGGUCAGCCCGCAGCCAGAAAGGCAGGAGGGUUAUCUGCUAAAGAAGCGAAAAUGGCCUUUGAAAGGCUGGCACAAGCGUUAUUUUGUUUUGGAAGAUGGCAUUCUGAAAUAUGCCACAACACGCCAAGAUGUCUUGAAGGGGAAGUUACAUGGCUCCAUAGAUGUUUGUUUGUCAGUCAUAUCAGUUAAUAAGAAGGCCCAACGUGUGGACUUGGACACAGAAGAGAAUAUUUAUCAUCUUAAGAUAAAGUCCCAAGAGCUAUUCAAUAAUUGGGUUGCAAAGCUGUGCUUGCACCGGCAAGCAGAGAAAUCAUAUGUAUCCCGAAGACAGAUCAUGACUGGUGGUGGCAGAGGCUCUCAUCCCACACAAGCUUGCAACUCACGGCGCCACAUACUGAUUUCAGAAAGUGCCCCUGCCUUAUCUUCUCUGGCCAGUCCCCAGGAAAAAGUGAAUUCUUGGCUCAGUGACAGCAAAGGACUGGACAGGUGCUCAGCAGAACUCUCAGAAUGUCAGGGGAAGCUUCAAGAGCUCAGCCGUAUGCUACAAAGUCUGGAAUCUCUUCACCGCAUUCCCUCUGCCCCUCUAAUCUCAAGCAGCCAGACCUCAACAGGAACAGAAAGACCCAGAAAGGCAAAGAGAUCGACGCGGAUCUGGUGCACUCAGAGCUUUGCAAAGGAUGACACCAUAGGCAGGCAGGUGGGACGCCUGCAUGGCUCCGUUCCCAAUCUCUCAAGAUAUUUUGAGUCCUGUCAGAACCAGGCCAUGUUUAGCGUACCUCCAGAGUAUAGUCAACUCCAAAGAAGUUUCUGGAUCUUAGCUCAGAAAGUUCAUGGUUCUCUCAGCAGUGUGCUGGCUGUGCUGACCUCUGAGCGUGACCGGCUCCAAGAAUUGCAGCAGUUGUUAGAUCUGCAACGUGAUACUCUGUCUGCUGCACAGGAUGACCCUGGAGAUGGCAUCAACUCUACUACAGCUGGUGCUUCUCUUCAGACUCUUGACAAUCCUGAAUGUAUACGCCGCUUUCAUUCUCUCUCCAUCUCCUCAGAUACCACUCUGGAUUCUUUUGCCUCAUUCAGUGCUGAUGAGCCAGACGCUCUGCUGGUUAAAGGGCAGAAGCAACAGCUCUCAAACUGCAGCAUUGUCUCUCUUUCGGAUUCACAUACUGAGUUCUUCGAUGCCUGUGAGGUAUUUCUGUCAGCCAGCUCAUCUGAGAAUGAGGCCACGGAUGAUGAAUCCUGUGUCAGUGAAGUCACCAACAGUAUCUCAGAGGAGAUGGUGGAUAUGCCAGGAAGUUCUGACCGUUAUCACAAAGGCUCAGGCCCUAUGCAAUGUAUUGGGAACUCUUCCGAGAUGAGUGUAGGUAUGGCAAUGCCUCUUCCUUUGUAUCUUCCUGGGCCGGGACCCGGGAUAACCCGGAGGAACUGCCUACCAGCUUCCCACAACCAUGCCAAUGACAUCAGCCUCUGGAACAUUCUUCGUAACAACAUCGGCAAAGAUCUCUCCAAGGUCUCCAUGCCGGUGCAGUUGAAUGAGCCACUCAACAUGCUGCAACGCCUUUGUGAAGAAUUGGAGUACACUGCCUUGCUGGAUGCAGCCAGCUGCAGUUUGGACCCCUGUGAAAGAUUGCUCUGCAUAGCUGCCUUUGCUGUAUCUGCCUAUGCCUCUACCUACUAUCGUGCUGGCAGCAAGCCAUUCAACCCUGUGUUGGGAGAAACAUAUGAGUGUGUCCGUCCUGACAAGGGGUUUCGUUUCCUAAGUGAACAGGUGAGCCAUCAUCCCCCUAUCUCUGCCUGCCAUGCAGAGUCUGAAAAUUUCAUUUUCUGGCAAGAUAUGAAGUGGAAAAAUAAGUUCUGGGGUAAAUCCCUUGAGAUAAUUCCAGUUGGUACAGUGAAUGUCCAGCUGCCCAGGUUUGGGGAUCACUAUGAAUGGAACAAGGUGACUUCUUGCAUUCACAAUAUCCUGAGUGGACAGCGUUGGAUUGAGCAUUAUGGUGAGGUGUUGAUUCGAAACACGAGAGACAGCAGAUACCACUGCAAGCUUACUUUCUGCAAAGCACGUUACUGGGGUUCCGGGGUCAAUGAGGUGCAGGGUGCCAUUCUCAGCCAUAAUGGCAAGGUUAUCCAUCGACUUUUCGGGAAGUGGCAUGAAGGGUUGUAUCGUGGCGUGCCUCCUGUUGGAAAGUGCCUCUGGAAGUCCAAUCUCAUGCCUCGAGACCAAGAGAAGAAUUAUGGUUUCACUCAAUUUGCACUGGAACUGAAUGAACUAACUCCAGAGCUGAAACGCCUCCUUCCAUCUACAGACACAAGGUUGAGGCCUGACCAACGGUAUCUGGAAGAGGGAAAUGUGCAGGCUGCAGAGUCUCAAAAACGUCGGAUUGAGCAGCUGCAGCGAGAUCGGCGUCGUGUGAUGGAUGAUAACAAUAUUUUCCACCAGGCACGCUUUUUCAGAAGGCAAAUGGAUGCCAAUGGCAAGGAAUCUUGGGUAAGCAACAAUACCUACUGGAAGCUGAGGACAGAGCCAGGAUUCAGCAAUAUGGACAGUGCAGUCUUGUGGUAGCUGCUAGCAUUUGCAAGAGCAGCGGUGCCUUCCCACCAUCUCCCAAAGUGGAGGAAUAGACAGCAAGGAUCUCUUGCUAGAUAAGCACAAAGUGAUCAAGGCAUGUAACCCUGGAAUACCAGCAGCUUAUGAAGGAAGGGGACACCGUCUCUUAGAUGUUGUGCUAUUCACUUCCAAAGCAGCACUCUUAAGAAAGACAACCCAUGUCCACCUACCAUGCUUGCACUGCUGCCUGCGGGUUAGGCAGACUAAUGGACCCUUGGAUUGUCACAAGUGAAGUUGGCAUUAUGAAGCACUUUAAUCUCAUUUGGAUCUUGAUGAGCAGAGCAGAAGUGAUAAGGCUAGUCAAUCAGAUUGCUCCACCCAGCAGCAAUGUAUGCUGGAGGAUACUAUCCUGGGAUAGGAGGCAUUGGAGCAAUUACUUGUUCGCAUGAAGAAGUUAGGGGCAUGAAGAUUUGGGUCUUCUGGCUACUAGAUCUUCUGGGGUGAUUGUUUUCAUACGUUUGUUUGUUUUUUAAAUUGUACACCACAUUCCUUCGAAAGGAGUUGGAUGCUGUCUCAAGCUGUGUACCUUUGAUGAAGUAUGGCCCAAUUAGGUUAGAAGUUCUGCCUCUGGAAGCAAAUAGGAUUUGCAACAACUGUCCGAAGAGAGCUCUUCUUAAGGCAUUGGUGGAAAUUUGACAUCAAUCGGAGUGAUGUUUCCUCCAUCCUUAAAUGCCAGAUUUUUGUUGUCUAUGUGUUACCUCUGCCUGGGCAAAACCAGGAUCUCUUCAGGCAGAAUGCCUUAAGAAAGAAUCUCUUGGGCUUUCCCCUUACUUAUCCCACUGUUUUGUGUGAUUUAUCUUCCUUACUUACUCUUUAGCACAAGGUAUGUUUCCCUUCUGCUCUGCUAGUUUCCUUAGCAUUUGAAGCAAUAAUUUAAACGGAGGCCUGUGGAGGAGACAUUUUAAUACUUUCAAGUGAAAGAGUGUGGAUUCCUCUAAUAGCUCUUUGUAGCUCAGGGCAGGGUCUGUCAGAGGUUUGAUUGUACUGAGUGAAGGGGAGACUGAGUAUGACAGACAUAGGACAUUAUGAAAAUUGAAAGCAAGUAUAGGCUGCUUGAUAGAGUAGCUAGAGAAGAAACAAGUGUGUUUUCUUUUUCUCCUGUAGAAACAAAAUAAAGCAAAACAGCAAGGGUAUAGGAUGAUGUGAAUUCUGGGCACCUGACUUUUGUUUCUAAUGGACAGAUCAAAGGAAGAAGGAAAAGAUCUCUGCCUGUACCUACCUAGUUUUCAAGUCAUUAUACAACAAUAGCCCAGGAGCCAUACACAUGAAACCACUGGGUACUUCACAGUUCUAUAGUUCAUUGAGCACUGGAUGGACCACUACUCAGAUUAGGAUUUAGCUCAGUUUACUCACACUCUUAUGAUUAUUUCUCUAGUUUAUGCAUUCUUUGUUUUAUUCCCCAUUCCUUAUUCCAAAGCACUCCAUAAAUGGGGAAAGGUGACCGGAAAUUAUCACACGUUUAUGAUGCUGAUAUAUUUGACCUGUGCCAGGCUGUGGGCCCAGGACCAUCUCCUGUGACUUUAUACUUUAUAUACAUUGAUCAGAGCUUUCUCAACAUUAAAAAAAUUGUACCUCCAACAUUGUACUGCUCUCUACAGCAUUAAUGGAAAAUUGCAGGACAAGGCAGGACAGCCAAAAGUUUACAUAGCUUUAUGGGUUUUUGUUUUUGCUGUUAAACUGAGUCUUUCUUCACAGAUCAUUAGGAAGGAAGGCUUUGUUUCUAGCACUGUGGGCUGUAGAAUAUCAAUCACUGCUGAUCUGUGUCUCUUGGUACAAUUUUUGACAUCUCUCUCUUGGCUUGUUUAUUAACCCAGCAUAACAUUUAUGUGUUUUUGAAAGGGAUGGCAUGACUCACUGAAUUCCUGGAAAGUACUUUGACUUCCAAAUUUGCUGUGAGAUAUUGUGGAUUGGUGUGUUUGGGUAAAAUUGUGUUGAGUGUUACACUAAGCUUAAUAGGAAAAGACCUGGAAAAAUUUAUUUCCAUGAGAUUCCCAUAUUAUGUUGGGGGCCAAGGAGCUCUUUUAGCUUGUAGGGUUCAAUUUGGAUCCUUUUAUUUUGCUGUUUGAUACAGUGAUGUGAUGACUGCUGCAUGCAGGGAAGAAUGUUGUUUUCCCUGUGACCUGCACUUAAAAAAUUCAAUCAUACACAGUCGAGUAAAUGUCCUCUGUGUGAGUCUGUCCCUCUCUGUGUGCUUGAGUGUCUUUAACGUUUUGUCUUUCCCAAGUGCAGAUCAACCUGCUUUCAUUUGCCUCUUCCGGCAGGUCCGGUCCUGAGUUUCUACUCCAUCUUUUAUGUUCAUAUUAAUUGGCCUAUGUCCUUGUACUGUAGCUUGAACAAUCAAUGGCAUGUCUAAUUAAAAAGAGUUUGGAAAGU